AUGUCGUAUGGAGUGCCAGGGUGCGUCUUCAAGGGUCCCCGCAGCUUGCUGCCUCAUGCUUCUGCACCCACUGGGGCAGCAGCAGACUUCAGUCAUGUCGGAUGUAGGUGCCGGGACUGGGUUACUUGCAGAGCGUGCAGCUGGGGAGUUCCGGAGGAUGAGGGUGUGUGGAUGGAGGAUUGGGAUGCAAGCCUCGUGGAUGCCAAGAAUGCCGCGGAGAGCGCAGCUGCGAUGCCAUUGUUUCGCACUUUGCUUGAGGCCUGCCGCUCCGAGGCAGGUUGCCCAGGAAUCCUCGCGGAGGAGACGAUGCCCCACCUCCUGGACGUUGCCAUCCUCAUCGGGAAUGCUGAGCUCGCCAGAUCCUGUGCCCGGCACUGCAAUUGCUUCCCGUUGAGGCGCUGGAGAUUCCAGGAUUUUGUUAGGAUCACCAUAAUAGAUGAACGGUGUGUUCGAACAGAGAUCCGGGAGAAAGACGUCCUGGUUGCAGCUCUGGCCGCCGGGCUAGCACUCGAGACUUUAAUUUUCUUGAAUGAUGGCAGGGCCCAAUGGGACGACUGGUGCGGUGUCUUGACCUCCACAUCGCUGGCGGAAGCCAUCGUACUUUCCGGCGAUGCAGAGCUUUGGCGCCGAGUCCAAAGCCUUCAACUGCAGCUCGGGCCCUGGCCAACACAUAAAGCCCAAAAUCACAUGGCCCUGUUUCUCCUGGAGCCGGCUGGCAGCCAAGUCAGGCUGAGCCCGGAGCUUCUGCAUCGGGCCAAGAUGGCCGGGCUCACAUUGAGCUCAUUUCGAUGGGAUCGACCGGAGGUUCGCUUAGAAUGCACGCGAUGUCGUCGAGAACACCCACAGGAUUGGUAUGCAUCCGUGCUGGACUUGGCGAUCGUCUUUGGGCAAAGCGACUGUGCCCGACUCUGUGGUGCGAUGGACAUCAAGGCGACAAAGCUGACGCUGAAGGCGAGCCUAGAAGCGAUGCCUCUGGUGUGGGACAACAACGUGGCGUGCUGGUGCGGCAGAAAUGACUGGAGACCUGUAGAUGCCUGGAGCGGUAGCUGUGCAUCUUUCCCGGAGCGCCAGGCUGCAGCAACUGAGGCCCUUAGAGCGGCGCUGCAGAUGUCCUUCCGACAAGUCGCAUGCUCUGCGGGCUUCGGGCUCUUUCAGGCCCUGCGCUCCUGGGCUCGCGGGAAGCGGGUGCCGGCGGAUUUGGUGAAGUUGGUGUUGACUUUCGCAGCAGAACGGCCGUCACUGGCGAGUGCCUUCGCGGGGCGCGAGGCUGAGUUUAAUUCCCUGGGCCAUUGGUGGGAGGAGUCAGAUCACCAAGAUCCUCAGAGUCCACAGCCAGUGGCGAAGGGUGCCGCGUCAUGUGUACAAGCGGAGAGUGUGGGUGUCCCGGACAUGCACUCUGCUGGUGCCGCCGCCGCUUCCAGCAACGAAGCACGAACACAACCAGAUAGCACAACAGAGAAGGAAAGUGGUCCUGACCAGAACUCCACAAGCGAUCUUCUCGCGGCCAUCCGAAACAGCAAGAGCGACAAUCCCCCUUUGAGUGGCGACGGCGUGGUAAUCUUCCGGCUCGGGCGAUGGGCCACCUCCAACCUGGAAGAGAUCAAUACCGUGCUCUUCGAUGCGACCGGGCCAUUGAGACUUUUGCACCGUCGUGUGCUGGAGGCCGGAUGUGAGGUGGCACCCGAAUGGUCUCCGGCCAGGGCCCUCUUCGUGCCCUUGACCCAGCCACAGCUGCAGGAGCUCCUGCAUGGCAACAUGUACGAGCUGGGGAAGUUGCACGUGUUGGCCCUCGAGUCCGACGGCAAGCUUAUCAAAGAUGCCUUUAACCGCGCGAUCCCGCGCAAGGUUCGUCCCAAGCUCCGCCGCGAGACUCUGCGCAUGGAUGAGGAGGAACAGGGGGCUCCAGACGACGAGCCCUUGCUCGUGUUGGAGGGCGGUGUCCAGACGGACUCAAGCAUGGGCUACCCCGUCUAUGCGGGGCUUCCUUGA